AUGCGGAUUGCUCAGUUCCGGGUCGUCGUAUGGCUACAGAAAGCACUAUUCAUGGGCAGCGGUGAGGUCCUGCGAGUCGGCAACGACCUCAACCCUUUACCAUACCUCUCUCCCUCUAAACUUGAGACCACAGCGAAACAGAGAAAGCACGCCUUGAACGAUGAGGGAGCCCCUGGAAUCCGUAUGGAAAGAAGUUGGCUUCGUAUUCUCCGUCACGGUCUCACGCCUGCUGAACGAGUACUUCCUUCAUCAACUACCCGGCCUGCGAGCGCCUUCUCGGGCCUGGUACGCCUGCCUGGCAUAGUAGGCUGCUUUCUCGCCAUCUCCGGUGGCUUCUUCCUUCACAUACUAUCGCCACGAAUACUCAUGCUCAUAACGGGCGUUGCGAUCAUUAUUGAAUCUCUGCUUUUCCCUCUCUCUCCAAGACAUGCAUCGUACUGGGCUUGCAUAUUCACGUCCACGGUCGCAGUCCACUUCAUCUUCAACGUCGCCGACAUCUACUUCUCGACAUCAUUGCAUUCCCGACAGCAGGGCCUGGCCGUAAUGUGCUCAUGCAGCUUGGCAUCGCGCUCUUGUCGCACAUCAGGGUCAAAAGCAAAGCUACCAGAACGUUUUCUGGCUCAACGCACCAAAAUUGUGAUCCAAAAAGGAGCUUCAAUCCAGCAAAAAGCGUGGCGUGGAUAUGGAUCAACAGGUCCCGCUGCGAAUCGAACGCAGGUCUUCGGAUCUCAGGGAGACACCCUGAAGACAAUCGCAAUGGUUCAGUUUCCAGAUGUGCUUGCCACUGCACCACGGGACCAGAUUUCAAAAGAAAAUACUAUUGAUGUAUGCUUGUCGCUUUUCAAAGUCUGCCUUGAUCAUACAUCAUGGGGCUUUAGCUGGAUAUCGAUGCAUUGGUUUAUGCUCGAUCCUGGUUUGAAAGCAUACGCCCAGACUCCAGAACCACCCCAGAAAUGCAUAGAUCCUCCUCUUUGGCUACGCAGCUGUGACUCCAGAAGACAAAGUACGAUCAUCGGACUCUCAUCAUAUGGCUUCCCGAAUGCGCGCUGCGAGGCUGUGCGAUCUCGAGAGCCCUACUCAUAA